AUGGCGUGUGCAGGCGCCCUCCUCCUGGAGACGCGGCCGUUUAGGCCCUUCAAGUCCUCCGAGGAGUACUUGUAUGCUAUGAAGGAAGAUCUCGCCGAAUGGCUGACGCUUCUGUACCCCGAGCUCAGGAUCACUGCUGACAAUUUCCUGGACAGACUUGACACUGGCGUGGCUCUUUGUAGGCACGCCAACGCAGUUCGGGACUCUGCCCGUCUCAUUUUGGAAUCACCCGUGACCGAGACAGAAGAUGCCCUGAUCCUCGCGAAAGCUCUGCGCUCCCGGCCCCCGGUCAAUAUGCUCCCAGCGGCCAAAGCCGGGACUUUUUUCGCCAGGGACAACGUCUCCAACUUCAUCGAGUGGUGCCGCCGAGCACUGGGCAUUUUGGAAUGCCUACUAUUCGAAACGGACGACCUCUGUCUCCGAAAGAACGAGAAACACGUUGUUCUCUGCCUUCUAGAAGUGGCUAGGAAAGGCGCAGUCCUCGGCAUGCCGGCACCUCUGCUGGUUCAGAUGGAGAAGCAGAUCGAAAGGGAGUUGGCCGGGGAAGAGCUACGACCGGACGACUCCGCCCUCGGACUGGUACCGCUCGGACCUCAGCGGCAACUGGUGACCAACGAUCUGAGAAGUUUGGACGAGAGAGUCAGGGAUCUGGUCGAGAGGUGCUCCUGCCCAACACAAUUCCCGAUGGUCCGGGUCUCCGAAGGAAAAUACAGGAUCGGCGAUACCAGGAUCCUCAUAUUUGUCAGGAUCCUCCGCUCGCACGUGAUGGUGCGCGUCGGCGGCGGCUGGGACACCCUCGCCCACUACCUGGACAAGCACGACCCGUGCCGCUGCCGCGCCCAGCACCGCACCUCGCUCUCCGCCCGCCUCGCCCGCCCCAAGCACGACCUCGCCGGCGCGACGGUCACAUACGAGCGGCCCGACGGCCCCGCCUCCCUCCCCUACGUGAAGAACGACAGGCCCGACGCCCCGUCCCCCCCCAAGGUGUUCGCCGACGAGCCGCGCGCGCACUACCAGUCGAGCGGCAAACUCGACGCGCCGUCGAGUCUACCGUACAUGGAGACGGACAGGGCGCCCUCUCCCGGCAGGCGGUACCUCGCCCCGCGCGCGAACAGCCCCGGCAGGUGCUCCGCCUCGCCGGACAGGAGGACCAAGCUGGUGAGCACCAACCACCUGGUGCCGUCGCCGCACGCGAUCAGGAACAAGAGCCCGCGGCCGGUGUCGCCCGCGCCCGCCGCGGAGAGCGCCUCGGACAACGGCUCCGAGGUCUCCGACGAGGGAUACAGGAGCCUCGGCGUGGUGGCCAACUCCACGCAGGGCUCGCCCUCCGCCAAGACCACGAACAGAUAUUCGAUGCACAGCCAGAAUUCGAUGGACGACGCGGAGUACAACGAGCGUCUCGAGCACGACGACGGCUGCCACAUGGAGAAGGGCGAGCGCGUGGACGACUACGUGAGCCUCACCACCGGUCUACGCAAGACUGACUUCUCCGACACGUUCUACGGGGGCCAGAGCAGGAAGACGAGCUCCGUCGACGAGCGCUCGAACCGCGCCAGCCCCGAGUGCAUCGUCACCGAGAGCAACGACUCGCCGAGCAGAUCCCUCAAGCCGACAACCCAGGUAACGGAAUCGCCCGCCAAGGUGGCGAGGAACCGGCAGGCGAGCCGCAUACCCCACUCUCCUGUCAGGAACCGCACGCCGAGCCGCGGAAACACGCCCAGCCCGAAGCACGCCGCUCCGGUGCAGACCUCCCCAAAAUUAAAGCCCAAACUGCCGCCGGCAAGGAACACGUGGAGCGGCCGCACCGCCCCCACUCAGCCGAAAGCGAAGUCCAGGCCUGCCAUCGGCGCGGACACCUUCGAGAGCCCGAACAAGUCCCCGAAGGCGAAGCCCAAGGGUCAGACGGAGCCGUUCAAAAGGAACUCGCCGCUGCGCGCGAGCAGUGCGACCCUCCGCUCGCCGCCCCACCAGAAACAGCUGAGCCCGCUGCUAGAACAGAUACUUAGGUCCGCCGAAACGGCGAAGGACGACGCCACCGUGCUGGAGAAGAUGAAGGAGAUAAUACGGACGUACUCCAAAGGCGAGGACUCUUUGUCCAGGGCGAGCUCUAAAGAUUCAGACUACGCAGACUUCACGUCCGCCUGGGUGAUGUCGGAUGGGAAACUGGAGCGGUCCACCAGCACCCGACAGCUGGCGGCGCCGCGAAAAGACCCCAGGACUGGCGCUUCGAGGAUCCCCGCGCCGGUCUCCAUCGGCUGCAGACGGUCUUCGUCCACAACGCAGUUCCAA